UACUGUGAUGGUGAAAGAGAAUGUAAUAUAACUGUUGAUGAUAAUCAUUUUCCUUCGAAUAUUUGUCCUGGUUUGGAGAAAUAUGUUUACUUUGAAUAUCAAUGUAACUACACAAGUAUGCCAUACAGAAAAAUUUGCAAUCGCUCAGUAACAUGUGAUGGAAAAAAUAUAUCGGACGUUAGUUGUUCUAAUAAUCAAUAUAUGGUGAUAAAAGUUGCAGAAUAUCGUGGAUUGCGAAAAGGAAGCAUUUGUGGCUACAGUUAUCCUUACAGUUGUAGUGUCGAUGUAACCUGUGACCUUAAAAAUUACUGUGAUGGUGAAAGAGAAUGUAAUAUAACUGUUGAUGAUAAUCAUUUUCCUUCGAAUAUUUGUCCUGGUUUGGAGAAAUAUGUUUACUUUGAAUAUCAAUGUAACUACACAAGUAUGCCAUACAGAAAAAUUUGCAAUCGCUCAGUAACAUGUGAUGGAAAAAAUAUAUCGGACGUUAGUUGUUCUAAUAAUCAAUAUAUGGUGAUAAAAGUUGCAGAAUAUCGUGGAUUGCGAAAAGGAAGCAUUUGUGGCUACAGUUAUCCUUACAGUUGUAGUGUCGAUGUAACCUGUGACCUUAAAAAUUACUGUGAUGGUGAAAGAGAAUGUAAUAUAACUGUUGAUGAUAAUCAUUUUCCUUCGAAUAUUUGUCCUGGUUUGGAGAAAUAUGUUUACUUUGAAUAUCAAUGUAACUACACAAGUAUGCCAUACAGAAAAAUUUGCAAUCGUAAGUAUUGUAUGGGCAGAUUAUAUUUUGCUUAUUAUUAAAGAGCUUCGGAACAAUUUUUGACCUUAAUGCGCAAUGGUAUGGUGCUCAUUUUUAUACUAUGUACGUUAUCAAUUUAGAAAAAUUGACACAAAUUUGAA